AGCAGUAGUACAACUUUUAAUGUUACGCUUGACGGUUGUGUGAAUUUCGGCGGUUAUCUUUUGCUAGUAUUGUCUGGUGUAACAUUUUUGCUAAAAACAAAACCAAUUAAUAGUUUUUUUGUUUGUUGUAGUAAAACAAAAACAAAUUUAAUUGCAUUUGCAAAAAAAAAGUUAAAACAUUUAAAUUAAAUGUUUAAAUGUCAAUAGAGCAAAAGUUUACAUUUUUUAUUAAUUAAAAAAAAUAUUUCAAAAAGAGUUAAUGUUUUUUUAUGCAAAGUUUAGCAAUAAAAAUGUGCAACAUAGAAAAUCUAUUGUUAUACCAUGUAUGCAAGUAUAAAAGUAAAUGAGUGAGUAAAAGUGACCUAUAUUCAAGUGAAUACAAUAAGUAAAAUUAUAAAAGGGAAAGAGAAGCUAGAAAAAAAUUUUAACAAACAUUAUAAUAGAAAUACAUAAAAGCAAAAAAGAAUUGAAUCUACAUUUCAAUAGAUGAGCAGUUAAGUGUAAAUUAAAAUUUCCAUAAAAUAACAGUGAACACUGACACACACAAAAACAAAAUUCUAAAAAAAAUCUUUAAUGUCUCACAUCAAAUGUUAGACCUCAAUACAAUCCUUUCAAUUCUCGUUCUAGAAUACGAUAACAAGCAAACAACCAUUACUAAUAAUAACAACAACUAAAUAAAAAUAAAAUAAUAAAUGUCUAUAUAAAAGCAACAACAUCUGGUUGACUUACUAAAGGGGAAAAUACUUUACUACUAAACAAGCAUCUGCAAGUGUCUAUACAUAUAACAUAUAUGUAAGUGUGAGUGUGUUUAACAUUGUACGUAUUAGUUUUUGUAUUGCCAAUGCUAUUGGCUAUAACAUCAGUUAGUUUAUUGUAUGGUGUAUUAUUGCUACUGCUGCCAUUUGUUGUGCCAUUGUAGUUAUUUCUGUCGUAGUUAUUGUUACUGGGAAUACGAUAUAAACGAUAACAACACAUAAACAUCAGUUUAUAAGCAAUAACUGCAGCAAACAUAAUUUAAAAUACAAUACACGUUUUACGUUUAAAAGUGGCACCUUUAAAGCGUUCUCACCAUAACAACACGAAGAGGAUUUAAGCAUAAAAAGGAUUUAAACCCUGCACAACAACACAACUUUAAAAGGAAUAAAAAAAUAAUGAUCCAACAGCAGUUUUCGAUAUACAUAUAGACAAAAAAUAAACAGUAAUUUAUAAAACAAUAACAAUAAUAAGAAGUACGAAAAAUACUCAAAAGAAUAAUGAUGAUAAUGAUAAUCACCAUAUGUUUGCAGUUUUUAAAAACGAAUGUAAUGCCAAUCAAGUAAUGGAAUUUUUAACGAUAUGGAAUCAAAAACAAUUUGGAUAUUUGCCAUUGUUUAUUCAGCAAUCCAGCAUUUUGUAUCCUGUUCAGCACCAUUAAAGCGACCACGGGCUGGCGAUCCUUUUGAUACAUUUCCGAAAAACUUUUGGCAAGAAUUUUCGUCACCUUUCACAGACACACCAGAGGAUGAAGAACUAGAAAUAACGGAGACUACUACACAUGAACCAUUUCCAUUUUUUGCUGAUCCAUUUACCACGGUAAAUGUAAGCACACAAUUGGGAGCAAAUGUUUAUCUACACUGUCGCGUCAACGAUUUGCAAGGGAAAACAGUAUCAUGGAUGCGUCGAAAAGGCGACGAACUGGCACUUAUUACAUUUGGUCGUCAUACAUACAGCGGUGAUUCCAGAUACUCGUUAGAGUUUGAAGAACCAAACGAUUGGAAACUUUUAAUCCAAUACGCCAACGAACGUGACGAGGGUCCUUAUGAGUGUCAAGUUUCAUCACAUCCGCCUUUAGUGUUGUUAGUCUACUUAACUGUAAUUGUUCCUCAUGUGGAAAUACUUGAUGAACGUGGUUCAACCACACCGGAGAAAUAUUAUAAGGCUGGCAGUACCAUUGAACUACAAUGCGUCAUAUCGAAAAUUCCUCAACCAUCAUCAUAUAUAACUUGGCGACACAAUACGCGCUUACUAAACUAUGACACUAGUCGCGGUGGCAUUAGUGUGAAAACCGAUAUGCUACCAGGACGUGCUUUUAGUCGUCUUUAUAUAGCUAAUGCGAAUCGUCAUGAUACUGGAAACUAUUCAUGUAUACUUGGCAAUGAUAUCACUGGAACUGUUAUGGUACAUGUUCUAAAUGGUGAAGAACCAGCUGCCAUGCAGCAUGCAUCAGGUUCAAUGGUGAACCCAAUACUCUCGGUUGUGUUAUUUGUAGUAUUUGUUAUAGUUGUAUGUCAACGAUGACGAUACUAAAUACUAUUAAAAAGGAAAUAACCAAUGUGUCUAUUAGAUAAUUUAAUAUUAAUAUUUUAGUAAGUACGAAUAAAAUACAUACAAAAAUAAAAAUAUGAACAAAAUAUUAAGUACAUAUAAAU